CCUCCCUGUGGGGGAGGGCUCCUGAGUGUCCACGGAGGUCGGCAGGUCGCGGGGUGGUGGCUACCCGAGUCUUUUUUUCCCUCUCCGUCUGUCCUUUUAUGGGCCAGAGGCUUCUGUCACUUCGGAACCUGGACAGCGAUGACGUUUGCCGAGGAUAAGACGUACGAGUAUAUCCGCCACCAUUACAGCAAUUUUGUUGACCGCGUUCAUGUUCCCGAGAUCCUGCCUUACCUGUCCUGCCUCACCACAAGUGACCAGGACCGACUGCGGGCCUCUUGCCAGCUCUCUGGGAACCAGGGCACCCUCUGGGAGCUCUUCAACAGCCUUCGGCGGCGGAUCGGCUGGGUGGAAUCCCUCAUCAAGGCGCUGAGGGCCUGUGAGCUGGUGGAUCUCGCUGACGAAGUGGCCUGCGUCUACCAGAGCAACCUGCCUGGGGUCCAGAGGCCACAGUUAGCUCCUGCUGAGAUUCCACAGCCCUCCAGACCUGCUGUGGCCCCCAGUGCCCCCUACAACGGCUACAGAGAGGAGGAGCCAAGUUUCCCCAUGCCUGUCCAGGACACCCGGCCACCAGAGUCCCUGGAAGAGAGUUCAAAGAAAGUUCCACAGAUGCCCCAUUUUGGGGCUGUCCUGAGGAGGCCAUCCGGCCCCCUGGAGCCCUCCUCUGACAUGGCGGCCUUCAGCCCUCUGACCUCCAGUGGGCACCAAGAGCAGGACACAGAACUGGGCAGUGCCCACAUAGCAGGCGUGGCCUCCAGCCUCACCUCACCCUGUGGGCCUGUGUCUCCGACUGGCUCCUUCCAGCCCUUGACCCGUUCCAUCCCCAGGGCGAGCCGUUGGCCUGCACCCUCCGUGUCAGCUCCGCCUCCUGGCACCUCCUCCUUUUCCACGGGCCCGGCCUGUGCAAGGGGUGCUGCUGACCCCGGUGAGCCUGGUGUCUGCCCCGGCGGGGCAGGGCUGUCUACCAGCUCACUGACCACCGGCACAGCACCCUCUGGGGUGCCUGCCAACUCAGCAUUUGACAGAACAGUGCCUUCCAAGUUGCCUGCCCACUCAAAACCCUCAGAGGCAGUGGCCACGAACGUGCUCACGAGUCUGCCACCGUCCAAACUGCCCAUCACCUCAGUACGUGCUGGGACAGCGCCACCCAGAGUGCUUGCGGGCCUGGUGCCUGAGCACAGGAUGUCCGCGAGCACGGUGCCCGCCAUCAGGAGCAACACACCCUCGGGUGAGUCUUUGCCCCUCCUAGCAGUCUGGGGCUCCGAGUCGGAGCUGAGCAAGCCGGGCAGGCUGACCUCCCGGGUGGACAGUGAGCCAUUCUCGGGCUGCUCUGUGGACCUGGCCCUCAGCUACAGCAUGUCCUUGGAUGCGGGGCCUGACAAUGCCCCAGAGGAGAACGAGUACCAGUUGGUGGAUUCCAUUCGGAUCCAAGUGGCCCAGGACCCCAGCGUCGAGCUGCUGGAGGGUAAUCCUGGGCCGCGUGCCACCCCACAGCCCCUGGAGGAGGAGGAGUCCGUCCAGGCCAGCCUCUGGGCUCCAUGGCUCGGGGCAGCUGCCGCUGGGGUGCUCCUGGCCAUGCUCCUGACCAUGGUAUACAGGCGGCGCCUACUCCAGUGAAGCCCUGGGCCCUCUCUGCCAUGGAUCUGCUCCCUUCCCCACGGGGCAUCCAGCCCAAGCGUGGACUGUGCUGUCUUCCUGCCUUGUCCCUUUUGUGGGGCUGGUGGAGCCUGGGUCAGAGGGGAGCCAGGGGGCCUCAGGCCAGAUUUCUGUCCCAGCUCCUGCCCUCCCCAUGUGCUCCAGACCUCGCCCACCCUGCAGUCUGGGUUGGCACCUUUAUUCUCUGGAGGUGAGGUACCCCCAUCCGGGCUGUAUACCCUUUUGUCCAAGUCCACAGAUCAGGAGGUGCUGCUGGAUUGCGCAGGGGAUCAUCAGUGCCCCCAUCCUGCCCUGGUGCCUGGUGCGCAGCAGGGUGGGGGACCCCACAGGACCUUGCUCCAGACCCCAAAAGCCCAGCCAAUGCUCCAGGAGUAUCAGGGUGGUCCAUCUCCAGGGAUAUGGCUGCUUGAGGUCCGUCAAGAAGUGGAGGAGGUCCAGACAUUCUCCUGGACCCUGGGGAACGUAAGGCAGCUGCUAGGCUAAGGACUGCCUCUGAAGCCCCUCUCCAGCCUCCUCACCCCCCUCUUCCUUUUCCUUCCCUUCUGGUCUCCAUGCUCUUUAGCUGGGGGGGAGGGGGAGAGGGAUUUGGGGAGGAGAGGCCUGCCGGGCUGAGCUUAGACCAAGGUUUGGAUUUCAGCUCCACCACUUCCUGGGCUGUGUGGCCUUGGCAGAUGACCAGACUUCUCUGGUCUUGCUUCCCCACAUGGAUAGUGAAUAUCAUGGCUCAUCUCCACUGGGUUCUUCUGAGAUUGAAGCACACAAGUGUUUGUCAAGUGCCUGACCCAGAGUCGGUGAACACUGAUAGCUUCCCCUACCUCUCCCCUGCGCCACCUGGUAGACAUGAGGGUAUAAGAGGCAGAGUGCCCAGUGGGUAAGGGUGCUACUCUGCAGUGUGGGGUGGCCUAGGCCUGCACCCCACUCUUAACUUUCACUCUGUGCUCUGUCACUCUGUGCUCUUGAUUAACCUCUCCGUGCCUCCGUUUCCUCAGCUGAAAUAUGGGGAUGAAUAGUAAAACUUCCUAUGUAUAAAAACAUAGAUCUCCUAGUGUUGAGGAUUAAAUGAGUUUAUCUACAUCAACCUUA